ACGUAGCGAGCUCGAGCCAAAAUGACACGAGCCGGCUUCAAAAUAACCCGGUUGUUUGACGGCCCCAGUUCGGAGGGAGUGGAACGUGAGACUCGGAUCGAUAUGGUCGGGAAUCCGAUUCGAUUGUCAAAACAUCCAGAGGCUUAAAAUUCCGGAGCACCUGGAGUGUCUUCAUUCUGUUGUAUGUCUAAGAUUACAGAUGGAGUUAUGUCUCUAGAAUUCCUCCUUCGUGCUCUCCGCAAUGCCAGGUGCAUCAGAAAAAGAAAGAUGGUCCACGGAAAAAUAGUCAUGUCCGGAUUUCUCCCCAAUCUCUUUGCAAGCAACCAUUUGAUGUCUAUGUACGUCAGAUGCGAUCGCAUAGAGGAUGCGCGUCGUCUGUUCGAUCAAAUGCCCGAGAAGAACGUGGUCUCCUGGACCAUUCUGAUAUCUGGGUAUUCAAAAUCAGGGCCAAAAGAAGCGGCAGUCAGGUCUUUCAGAUCGAUGGCGUUAGCGGGUUUCAGUCCGAAUGACUUUACUUAUGUCAGCGUUCUUUCAGCUUGUGCAAGCAUUGGAGCAGCGAGGAGUGGGAAAGAGAUUCAUGGAAGGAUUUAUAGGCUCGAAGGAGGUGUUUUUAGUAGCUUCGUAAGCAAUUCAUUGGUUAAUUUGUAUGCAAAAUGUGGAAUGAUACACUUGGCCCAUAGUGUGUUUGAUGGAAUUCUUCAGCCGAAUAUGGUAUCAUGGGGCUCGAUCCUUUCAGGCUACUGUCAAUGUGGAGAGAAUGAGGAAGCUUUGAGGAUCUUCUCACGUGCAUGGAAAGAGGGUGUGGAGGUCAAUGAGUUCAUGGUUGCCAGUGUCUUGAGUGCUUGUUCUAAUUUGGGAGUUUCAGCUGUUGGGAAGCAAGUGCAUUGUUAUGUCAUCAAGAGUGGAAUUGCAUCUGAUCAGUUUGUUGAGGCGGGAGUCAUUGAUAUGUAUGUAAAAUGCAACGAGCUUGAUUUGGCUUACCAGGCUUUCUCUGAGUUAGAUGAGCCAGGUUUGGCAUCCUGGGCUGCAUUGAUUGCAGGGUACGCUCAUCAAGGCCAUGGAGAGACAGCUAUGGGUCUUUUUAGAAAGUUGCACUCUUCCUGCUUGAAACCAAAUGAACAUAUCUUUCCCUCUGUUCUUGUGGGUUGUUCUAUAGUUGCUGCAGUUGAAGAAGGGAAGCAGCUCCACUCCCUUAUAAUUAAAUCAGGUUUCAGAAUGGCUGCAUAUGUUGGCAAUGCAGUCAUGGAUUUUUAUGCAAAAUGUGGAUUGCUUGAUGAAUCUUUCAAACUUUUUGAAGAAAUGGAAGAACAUGAUAUUGUAUCAUAUAAUGCUAUGAUUGCCAGGUAUGCUGAUCAGUGUGAUUUUAAAGGAGUCAUGGAACAUCUGAAACAAAUGCUGCUUGAAGGGAUAAAUCCUAAUCCUUAUACUUAUUCCAGUAUUUUAAAACUUUGUGCUGAUCUUCCAGUGGUAGGGUGGGGUCAACAGACCCACAAUCUCAUUAUUAGACUUGGACUUGAUACCAAUGUAAUUGUCGGAAGUGCACUCAUUGACAUGUAUGCAAAGUGUGGAAGAUUGGAAGAUGCUCGCAAAGUCUUCCAUAUGAUGCCUUCCAAAAACUUGGUUUCUUGGAACAGCAUGCUUGUUGGGUAUGCUCAACAUGGAUUUGGCGUUGAGGCAUUAGGUAUCUUUCACAUGAUGCAAAUGGAGAGUGUCAGGCCCAAUGAAAUAACUUUCAUUGGAGUUUUAUCUGCUUGUGCUCAUGCGGGUCUUGUCGAACAAGGGCAGUGCUACUUUGAUCUUAUGAAAGGGUAUGGAAUAAUUCCAAGUAUGGAUCAUUUUGCUUGUAUGGUUGAUCUAUUUUCCCGAGCUGGGCUGGUUGAAAGAGCCUAUGAGUUUAUAAAAAGCAUACCUAUCAAACCAAAUAAGGUUACGUGGCGUAGUCUAAUGGCUGGCUGUAAAACUCAUGGAAAUUUAGGCAUUGGGUUGUAUGCAGCUGAGCAAAUUUUGAAGAUCGAUCCUGAAGAUGUUUCAGCACAUGUCAUGCUUUCUGGUGUUUAUGCACAUGCUGGGAUGUGGGAUGAGAGAGCUGGAGCGAGAGCUGUUUUAAAGAUGGGGCUAAAGAAAGUGCCAGGAUGCAGUUGGAUUUAGGUGAAGAACAAAAUUCAUUGUUCUCUGUUGGGAAUGCACCACAAAACCAUGGAGAUGGUAUCGAUACAAAACUGAAUGGGUUGGUGAUUCAGAUGAUUGAUGCAGGAUGCACAUCCAAAGAAGUUAUUUUUGCAUCAUGAAGAGUAAGGGUAUGUCCCACCUUCCCCAAAAAUUACUGAGAAAGCGAGAGGAGACAUUAAUAAAGAAAGUGGUAAUCAGUACACUCAAAGUUUUCAUGAGAGGAUACAUUAAUAAAGAAAGAGGUAAUCAGUACAACAAACUUUUCUUGUAAAGAUACUCAAUAAGUUGUAUUAGAUAUUCUACAAAAACAGGAAUCAGCUCGUACAGUUUUGAGCCGAAGAAGUAAGUUAGUCCACAUAAUUCAUCAAUCUGAAUUAAUGUCAGUUGAUUUUUAUGGAUGCUUAAUCCAUUUGCUGUUCUAUAUUAAAAGGGAACCAAUGAUCAGCUUCAACUAUGCAACAGAUAGUUGAAUUACAAAUUGGUUUUCUUUAAUAAGGGAGAAGGGACUGAUCCAGCACAUGCAACGCUCACAAAUCCAGAAAAGUUUCAACAAAUUAUAAGUAGCAGAAACAUCUCGAGUUAGUAAUUCUAGUCAACAUAACAUGCAUGGUUGUCAAGUUUCUGCAUCUCCAUGCCUACUCAGACUGCCGGGCACCGACAAGAAUGUGGUCAGUGAUGGCACAGGGAGAAGGGUCAAUUUUGGGCAGCAACUACAGUACAACAUGAUAGAGUCCGGAUAAAUUGAAGCAAGUGAUAUGGAUGAGUAUGAGCCUUAGCGCAAUGGUAAGGUUGACCUAGAUGUCAUGGAUUUGAAACACGAACAUAGUGUUUCUGCAUGUGGGAGUAAGGCUGCAACAGCCGAGCCUCUUCAGACCCUGUGAUAACAGGAAUCUCAUGCACUGGGCCUCCCUUUAAGUGAUACAAAUGAGUUAAACAACUAGGUUGAAAUUUGAGUUUGGUUCUGUUCAUGGGCUGAUAUCCAGCAUAUAUCAGCAGGAAAUUGUGAAAGCAGUUCAUGCUUCGAAAACUCUGACCAAUGCUGCUGGUGUAACCUUUUAUGAAUAUUUGUUUAAUGCUACCAGUUUCACUGGGCAUAAAUAGAAAGUAAACUUACAAAUUACAGCCACAUUUUCCACACCAAGACAAAUUUUCAAUAUGCAGGUAAUAAGACUGUUUUUGGUGUUCGAAGAGCAGAUGCUGGUUAUAUAAUAUCUGAGGGAGAUUGAUGAUGCUGAUAAUCUAGUGAUGGCAAUUCAGGCAAAGAAGAACAAAAAGGCUGUGAUUGUUGGAGGAGGAUACAUCAGUCUUGAGCUUGGUGCUGCAUUGAGGAUCAACAAUUUGGAUGGCCCUGAAUGUGCAAAUGGCUACAGCUGCGACAGCCGGCUAUCAUCUCUUCGGCUCCAAUUUCUCAUCCACUCAAAUGGAUGCGCUUAGAAUCCAAUGCCUCCCUCCUGUCUGAUUCGCAAAGGCGAGCGAGAUGGCUGGGCGUGUCUAGCGAACAACAAACGAGACGCUACAGAUAUGCCGCGUGACCAAUGGGAUGUGGCAGGCGAAAGGAGGGUGGGGGACGAUCGACCCCGAUGCCGCUGUCAAUGCCAUGCUCCAUCACACUGAUGCUGGCUUCACCACCUUUGGCAUGACCAAUAUCACCUCAUCUCAUUUUUGUAGGCCUCAUUUAUCUUGCACUCGUCUAGAUGAUUAGCUCACAGAAACAAGAUGAGGUGAUUGGCGUGGUGCAUGACUACAUUGGUGCAUAAGGUGUCGGAUAUAAU